CCAAUGGCGGAGCGCUGGUGCGCCUCCACCUUUGUGCCGCCGUAGUCCUCCGCUCUGGGCGGUUGCAGGAGAGAGGUGGGCAGCGGGUGCCACCGCGCCGUUUCUUGCUCCGGGGCCUGGUUUCUCGCUGCCCGAAGCCGCGAUGCCUCAGUUCCAGACCUGGGAGGAGUUCAGCCGCGCGGCCGAGAAGCUGUAUCUCGCCGAUCCCAUGAAGGUACGUGUGGUGCUCAAAUACAGGCAUGUUGAUGGGAAUUUGUGUGUCAAAGUAACAGAUGACUUAGUUUGUUUGAUGUACAGAACAGACCAAGCUCAAGAUGUAAAGAAGAUUGAGAAAUUCCACAGUCAACUAAUGCGACUUAUGGUGGCCAAGGAAUCCCGCAGUGUCGCCAUGGAAACAGAGUGACUGGUUUGAAAUGGAGACUGUUUGUUAUGUUCUUGGGAAGUAAAUAGCUUUUGAAACUGAGAAAGUGUUGGGAAGAAAAUAUUUAUGUAACUGAGCCGUCAAAAGCUGAGCGACCAGCCUGUGUUCUAAGGUUUGCUUUAGAGUAGGAAUGUCAGUGUUUUUAGUUAGGAAACCUUUAUUUUUGGAAAUGGAAUAAGAAG